AUGGGAAAAGCUGACGAAAACGAAGAUGAAGUCAUGCUUGAAGAAGAUAACGACGUGGAGGAAACCAUUCACGGCGACGACGAGGAAGACGAUGAAGACGACGAGCUAGAUGAAUAUGAGAAGGACGAUUUUAUAGUAGAUGAUGUUGAUGAUGAACAAGAAGACCCAGAGGAGGAGGAGGAGGAAGAAGACAGAGCGGACAGUGAUGAAGAAGAAAGGCAGAAGAAGAAGAAAAGAAAGAAAAGGGAGGAGUAUGUCCUUGACGAAGAUGACCAUGAGCUCCUGGAGGACAAUAAUGUGUUUGCCCCUCGCAGGAAGGGGAAAUUUAAGCGGCUGAAAAAAGCUCAGAGGCAUACUGAAAGGGAUCUUGGUGUAUCUGAUGAGGAGGAGUUUGGUGGCAAUGGUAAAAGUGGAAGAAGUGCAGAGGAGAAGCUUAGCUCCUUAUUUGGUGAUGAUAAAGGUCUUCCACUUGAAGACAUUGCUGAAGAGGAGGAACCUGCAGAAGAGGAAGAUGAUGGAGAAGUUGGUGAAGAGGAUGAAAUGGCAGACUUUAUAGUCGAUGAAGAAUUUGAUGCGACUGGAGUUCCAGUGAGACAGAAGAAGCUUAGGAGAAAAAAAUUUAGGGAGGCACUAGGAGUAUCAUCCUCUUCUUUGCAUGAAGCACAUGAAAUAUUUGGUGAUGUUGAUGAGUUACUGCAGCUCCGCAAGCAAGGUUCAGAUUCCAAUGAGUCUAGGGAUAGGAAACUUGAAGAUGAAUUCGAACAAAGUGUUCUUUCUGAAAAGUAUAUGACAGAGAAGGAUGACCAGAUUCGGGAGCUUGAUAUUCCGGAAAGAAUUCAGAUAUAUGAGGAAAGCACUGGAUCUCCUCCAUUGGAUGAAAUUAGUAUAGAAGAUGAGAGUACCUGGAUAUAUAAUCCACUUACAAGUGGUACAAUUCCUUUGUAUGGCAAGGAAGGCUUGGGGAGUUCUAUAAGCAGGGGUGACAUCAACAAAUUUUUGGAAUUGCACCAUAAGUACAAGCUGGAGAUUCCCUUUAUUGCUAUGUAUCGGAAAGAAUGCCUAAGCUUUUUGAAAGAUGAAAAUCAGGAUCAAAAUGAGAAACCACCCAAGAUAAAAUGGCACAAGGAACUUUGGACAAUUCAGGACUUGGACAGAAAAUGGCUGCUACUUCAUAAGCGAAAAAGUGUUUUGCAAUCUUACUAUAAACGAUUUGAAUGCACUGUGAACCAUCAGCUUUUAGAAUCAGUUAUAACGUCGCUCGAGGCUUCCGAAUCUGAGAGAGAAGUCGAUGAUGCUGACGCUAAGUUUAACUUGCAUUUCCCUCUGGGUGAGAUAGGUGCAGAUGAAGGACAAUAUAAGAGGCCCAAGAGGAAAUCACUUUAUGUAUCUGAGGAGUUCGGAAUGCAACUAUCACUAGAAAAAAUGAGAAGGGAUGAGUUGGAGAAUCCUAAGGAGACAUCAGAGGAGAUAGCUUCAAACUUUACGUGUGCAAUGUUUGAGACACCUGAAGCUGUGCUCAAAGGAGCUAGGCAUAUGGCAGCGGUUGAGAUAAGUUGCGAGCCAUGUGUCAGGAAGUAUGUUCGAAACAACUACUUGGAUUCUAUUGAGGUAUCUACAAGCCCAACACCUGACGGAAAUAUUGCAAUAGAUGGUUCUCAUCAGUUUGCGGGGGUGAAAUGGUUGCAAAGAAAGCCAUUGAAUAGAUUUGAGGGUGCACAGUGGCUGCUUAUCCAGAAGGCUGAAGAGGAGAAGCUUCUUGAAGUUACUCUUAAGCUGCCAGAAGACAGACUAAACAAGUUGAUAAGCGACUUUAAUGAGUAUUAUCUUAGUGAUGAUGUUUUGUGGAAUAAAGUAUCCGUGGGGCCUUAUCACCAGAAGGAAAACGAUAGUAGCUCAGACGGUGAAGCUGCACCCCGGGUCAUGGCUUGCUGUUGGGGCCCUGGGAAGCCAGCUACCACUUUUGUGAUGUUAGAUUCAUAUGGAGAGGUGGUAGAUGUACUUUACGCUGGGUCCCUCACUUUACAUUCCCAUGAUGUCAAUGAUCAGAAACUUAAGAAAAAUGAUGAAGAACGCAUUUUGAAGUUCAUGAUUGAUCACCAACAACAUGUCGCCAUCCUAGGAUGUGUUAACUUGUCUUGUACUCGCCUGAAAGAAGUUAUCCAUGAGAUAUAUAAUAAGAUGAUAGUUGAGCAUCCAAGAGAUGUCGGGGAUGAUAUGGAUGACCUAAGCAUUUUAUUGUCUGGUAAGGAUGUUGGGGAAAGUAUUUUUCGUCCUAGUUCUCGAGGGCCUUCGCAUUUAGCCUUAACUCUCAAGGUUUAUGAUGGAGUUUACGCUCACAAAGACAUAGUUGAAGGUGGAAAGGAGCCUAAGGACGUUACAAGCUUACUCCGUAUUGGGAAGACCCUGACGAUUGGGGAGGACACUUUUGAGGAUUUGGAAGAGGUGAUGGAUCGUUACGUUGAUCCGCUGGUGGCUCACUUGAAGGCAAUGCUAAACUAUCGCAAGUUCAGGAGGGGAACAAAAGCAGAAGUUGAUGAACUUUUGUGGCUUGAGAAAUUGGAGUAUCCUAUGAGGAUAGCUUAUUGUUUCGGGAUAUCGCAUGAACAUCCAGGCACUAUCAUCCUGACCUAUAUCCGGAGUGCAAAUCCGCACCAUGAGUAUGUUGGUGUUUAUCCCAAGGGGUUCAAGUUCAGAAAAAGAAUGUUUGAGGACAUCGAUCGGCUUGUAGCAUAUUUCCAGCGCCAUAUUGAUGACCCUCGGCUUGAGUCAGGACCAUCCAUUAGAUCAGUUGCUGCUAUGGUGCCAAUUCGAAGCCCGGCAACUGGGGGUUCUUCAGGGGAAUCUCUGGGCAGUGGUUGGGGUGGUUCAACCAAUGAGGGUGGUUGGAGAGGCCAGUCUUUUGACAGGGAUCUAUUAUCUACACCGAGUUCAAGAACAGGCCGAAAUGGUGGCAGUCGAGAUGGACAUCCAAGUGGCUUGCCUAGACCAUAUGGUGGGCGUCACGGUGGCCAUGGCGGAGCAAGUUGUGAUGCAUAUGCUGCUGCUGCUAAUGAUGAUAAUGGCACUUCAGGCUGGGCUUCUGACCCAAAAAGAAGAAGGUUCAGAUAA